ACAAAUGUUUAUUUUCAGUUCUUGUUCAAUCAUUCAGCUACAGAUGCAUUUUGGGAAGUGAUUUCGAUUCGGUCAGAAUUAUUUUCUAUUUUGGGCCGACCUAUUAUGAAAACCAAUCAUAUGAGCUUCACGAUGCAGCUUCAAUUUUGAAACACCCCAAAUUCGUCCAUAAGAAUACCAAUUUAUAUCUCCAUGGCUAUAAUAACACCCAAGAGAAUUUCAGCGUGCAUUUAAUGGUGGAUUCUUAUUUGAAAGGAAACGCUUACAACUUUCUGACACUUGAUUUUGCUGCUCUGGUCAAUGGAAGCUAUUUUUCAGCACAGCGUAGUAUUUUAGAGCUUGUUCCCCGAAUUUCCGGUUCUAUUUUUGACCUAAUUGAUGCUGGUUUGGAUGUGAAUUCAUUCGGCUUAGUGGGUCACUCUCUUGGGGCAGUUGCGAUUGGAUUAAUUGGGAGAGACAUUCAUCAGAGGUCUAAUGGAAGCAUCCUUCUUCCGAGGAUUUCACUUUUGGAUCCAUCGAAUCCAGAAGCUCAUGAUGAUUUUAUUUUACCGGAAAUUAAAAAGACCGAUGCCAGAUUUAUCGAUGUGAUUCAUUCGAGUGCUGGCCAAGUUGGGACAUCGAAACACUCUGGUCAUGCUGAUUUUUGGCCAAAUGGCGGAACGCCCAUACAACCAGGGUGUCCUGAAGAAAGUAUUAGCAAAUUCUGCAGUCACCACAAAUCUUUCGCUUACUGGGCCCAAAGUGUUGCUAAAGUUAAUUCAAAACAAUUGCUUUCUUAUCGAGCAAAGAACUACGAAACUUUUUUGGAAUACAAAAAGGCAAUUAUAAGAACAAGAGGAGUCCCAAUGGGAAUAAAUUGUCCAAAGAGUGCAUACGGUGAUUAUUAUCUUGAAUUGGAUAGUACUUAUGGAGAAAACGGUGAUCCUUCGGUUGUUCCAAAAUGAAACACUAGCAUUUUUUUAAAGUUUGUGAUAUACUCAAAUAUAAAUGAUUUAUACAAAAUUUAAUAAAUAAGGUUAACUUUAGUAAUUACCUAAAAUGUACUUUAUGUUUCAUCGAAUAUUGAAAUGCCCGAUGAUUAGUAACGUGAAACUGAAA